AACAUUCCUGAAGAAAACUUGUAUGUGAAGUGUAACGGGCGACUGGCUAAUGACGAAGAUGUGUUGCAGAGUGGAGUUGUUUAUAGUCUGGAGCCAAGACUUUGUGGUGGAAAAGGAGGGUUUGGAUCUAUGCUGCGAGCGCUUGGCGCUCAGAUUGAGAAGACAACGAACAGAGAGGCUUGCCGAGACCUCAGUGGAAGGAGACUUCGAGAUGUCAAUCACGAGAAAGCGAUGGCUGAAUGGGUGAAGAAGCAAGCGGAACGGGAAGCAGAGAAGGAGCAGAGGCGCUUGGAGCGGCUGCAGCGGAAGCUGGCGGAGCCGCGACACACCUUCACGGACCCCGAGUACGAGCAGCAGUACCGCGAGAUGGCUGAGCGGCAGGAGGAGUCCAUCCGCAUAGGAUUGCAGGUUAUUGCGAGCAAAGCAAUGUCCUCAGAACGUGGCAAGAGUCGGAAGCGUCCAGGGGAACCUGGAAAGAAUGAAACAAAAUCUCAGAAAAGGAAAUGCGUUUGGCUGGGAUUGGCUGAUGCUGACAGUUCAGGCUGUGAGGGUGGCAGUAAAGAUGAAUCCCUUUGUACAUCUGAUCGAAGUUGUUCACCAGGCAGCAGAUACAAUGAAAAUCUUGGAAAUGAAUGUUCAAGCAGCUCUGUGUCUUUGGUGGAGGGUAGUCCAGCUGCCAGUGCAACUGAGAAACCACUGGAGCAGCCAGAAGGUACUGGAAGAGACCUACAAGGAGAGAUGUGUCCAGGUGGGCAAACUGAAAUUCCAGCUGAAGAAAAUAAAGUGACAAAGCCCCUGAAGGAAGAGGCCCAAGGAAAGAAUGAAGUGACAAAGCCCCUGAAGGAAGAGGCUCAAGGAAAGAAUGAAGUGACAAAGCCCCUGAAGGAAGAGGAGCAAGAAAAUGUUUCCUCUAAGGCACAGGAAACAAACCAGUCACAGAGCACA